AUGUUUGAAUACGAUAAAGAUAAUAUAUCUACUUCAAAUCCACCCAAACUGAAAGCAGUUCGACCACCUGUGGAGGCUUAUUGUUCUGCUGUUGAAGCUCAAACAGUGGAAGCGUUGGAUGAAUUGCGUAGUGAUCCAGAUAGCAUGAGAAUGCAAGCUUUACUUGUUCGAGAAAGAAUCCUUGGACCGAGACAUCCUGACACCUCAUAUUAUAUAAGGUAUCGCGGGGCAGUGUUUGCAGAUGCAGGCGAUUUUGACAGAUGUAUUGCACUGUGGAUGUAUGCGCUUGAUAUGCAACAAUCUAAUCUUGAACCAUUAUCUCCGAUGACACUUAGUAGUUUACUGUCUUUUGCUGAACUUUUCAGCUUCAUGCAAAAGGAUCAAGUGAACAUGCGAAUUCAAGUUCCUAAAGCCACGCACACACAAAUACUUGCUGUAUUAAGAAGAGCCAUUCAUGAAAUUAAGCGGGGAUCGUCAACCACCGUGAAGAAUAUUGCAAAAUCAAAAGAUGGCACGAUACGUAGCAGUAUUUCAGGAAAAGAUCAAGAUAAGUCCAACAACAUGCAGCCAUCACAUGAUCGGUUUCAAAACAAUGAAGAUAAUGCAAGAUCAAGAAAUUCUGGAGAAAGUUCAUCACCACAUCAACCAGGAGGUGACAAUCAACGAACAGAUUCUGGCCAACGUUCACCAUCUCCAUGCUGUGGAGCAUGUGAAGCAAGUGGACAGCGUACAUACAGAGCUAUGGGAAUAGCAUUGCAUCUUUUAGCACUUGCCGAUCUUGUUCAAGAUGAAGGUAUGACCAAUGGAGAAGAGCAACGAAAAAUGGAAAAGAAAGAAAAACAAUUGUUAUUGUACAGCAUGAGAAAUGUCGUUGAUCACAAAAAGAGAACAUUACUUCAUCUCGCUUCAGGAUCCGAUACAUGUCCCCUUGGUCGAUAUCCAGUCAUUGCUUUUCCAUCUGCCACCGUUGUACAAACCCUUCUUGAUUGUAGUUUCAAUUGGGAUGCAGUUGAUUCUGAGGACAAUCGACCCAUACAUGUAGCUGCAAUCACAGCAUGCGAAGAGUCUGAUAAAUCGGAUGUUGAAGAGAUAUCUGAUUCUGUGACAAAGAGCAUCGACGUUAUUCAUCUCUUACUAUAUCAUGGUGCUCAUAUUGAUAACCGUAAUAAUACAGGUAAAAUUCCAAUGGAAAUGUUACCAACUAAUUUGCGACAAAAGGUAAAUAUAGUCAAGCAUGAAACGUUGCAAUGCCUGGCUGCCAGAGCUAUUAUGGAACACCAUUUGCAGUAUGAAGAUCACGUUCCAGAAGCCCUUUGGAAGUUUGUCUCCAGUCACUAAUAAUAUCAUGUAUUCUGGUAUUAAAAAAUUUUUUUGCUUCUUAAAAUACUACGGAAUUUACAUUAUUUCAAUAUAUAACAUGAUUAAAGAGUUAGUGAUUUUCAUUAACACCGUUGAAUUUGAAAUUUUUUUUAUGCGUAAGCUAAGCAUUGGUCAAUGGAGCAAACUGCCAACGUAUGGUCCAUCCACAACCUUUGUCGGCAAGAAUGAUUUUUAGUUAGGAAUUAAUGAAGUUCCAUACAAGCUAAUAUACUAUUUUGUUGCCAUCUUAGUUGUUCUGUUGUAUAUAGUGCUAGAGUGAAAUUAAUUUCUCCUUUUUUUCUUGUGAAAAUAUCUUUAUUGAAAUGCUUGGAUUUAUCUCGUUAAUAUCCCGUCCCAUCUCUGUAUCUUUCUGUAUAUUUACAUCCAUUUUCCUUUACAUUUCUUUGGUGUCAAAUUGAGUUUUUUUGGAUAUUUUGUGGCGAUGCUUUGCGAUUUAUUAAACAAUCACUACCCUA